CAUGGUAGAGUCAAAGUUAAGACAACAGCCGAAAAGGAAGCUGAGCGACGUGCUGAGCUGACCAGACGGGCUCAUCAAUUCGCUCGUGAAACGGAUGCUAUUUUUACUAAGCGUAAAAAUGGGGAAUUAGACGAAAAAAUGCUACAGGAUAGUCAAAAUUUAUUAAUGCAAAACCCAGAUUUCUAUACAGUAUGGAAUAUUCGCCGGGAAAGUUUCCUAUCAUUAGCCGAGAUCAAAGAUGAUGAUGAAAUGGAAAAAUUAUACAAUAAUGAGCUUGCAUUGCUUUUGGCAUGUUUGAGAAUCAAUCCAAAGUCAUAUGGUGUCUGGUGUCAUCGAAGGUGGAUCAUGACACAUAUGAAAUAUCCAAACUGGCAACAUGAACUAGACUUAUGCAAUAAAUAUCUAGAAUAUGAUUCCAGAAAUUUUCACUGUUGGGAUCACAGACGCUUCGUAGUUGCAUAUACAGAAGGAGUUACAGACGUAACGGAGUUAGAAUAUACAAUGAAGAAAAUUAAGCAAACAUUUUCUAAUUUUUCUGCUUGGCAUUAUCGGAGUAAAUUACUUCUUAAAGUAAAUAAUAACCUAGAAAUACCUAGGAAAGAUUCUAUAUGGGUGAAAGAAGGUAUAAUAGCAACUUUGGCAUUUACUAUCUGUGGUAGAUUUUAUUACUAA